GAGGAGGACAAACACACAGAAAGACAGACAGACAGAUAGAGAGACAGGCGGGAGGAACUAGAGGAGAGGACUAAGAGAGAUGCCAGCAGAACAGCAGUCCAAUCCACGCGCAGCCGGGACUCCUUCUGGCGCCGUGCGCGCGCGGUUCAGAGAGAGUGGCGCGUGAUAUCUCGGACCGGUGCAGCUCCUCCAGACCUCGCCUGAGCACCAUCAGCACCACCAGCAUCAGCAGCACCAACAGCACCAACAGGUGGGACUGUCGGGUUGUGUUUGAUGAGCAGAGCCUCGUUUGGAGAUAUGAAUCACGUUUGGAGAUAUGAAUCACGUCUGGAGAUAUAAAUCAUAUCACUCGGAGAUUUAAUAACUUCCCGGCGUGCCGCUUAGGAACUUUACCUUUUUUUCUUGUUGUGAGGAAGCAGACUGUACUUUAGUUUUUCUUUUAAAGAAUGUUGAUUUAGUAUUUAUUUUAAGAGGCUCAGCCUUCUGAACGAGGAUCCAGAUGUGAUCCAGAUGUGAUAUGAGCAAACUGCUGCUGCAUUAUCGACGAGAUCUCCUCUAACCACAGACUGGAUCAAAGUAGGAUCAAACUCUCUCCCGUGCACAACACAACGGUGUCACUUGCCCCACUCCGAAUUCUUGGAGGCUUUCAACGUGCUCACAAUAAACCUGAGAUUACAGUUCCCUGCCGGAAUAUGCUCAGCGAGCGGCUCGAUUUUUGGAUGAGCUCUUUUGAAAUCCAUUUCAAAAGACUAUAUAAAACUCUAUCAAAUCAAUUUUGAAGAAUUAUCUCAAGAUAAGCCCUUAUGUUGGUGUGAAUAAAUUAAUCAUUUUUGUGGCGUUUUGAAAGCUUAUGAAGCUGCAAUCAUCACCAUUUAAUGCCAAAAAACAGGUGGGACUAUGAUUGCUUUUGCCUGACAGGACUUGCGAGGAGGUCACUGCUGAAUAUGCAGGACUUCGCGGGGCCUGACAUGCCCAGGAAAUUCUCUAUUUUCGAUGGCUUUGCCCUCUUAUGGGGCUUGCUCUUUGGAUUAUUCAUUACAAGUGUGCCAGCGAUGGCUUGUCCCACCAGUUGUCACUGUAUAGAGAAGAGUGGCAUGACAGUGGUCCAAUGUAUGUCUCGCAACUUGGAGAACAUCCCGUCGGAUCUUCCAAGAGAUACUGUUGUCCUCCUUUUGGCGUCCAACCACAUCACCCACAUCCCCAACCACGCCUUCAAAGAACUACACUACCUUCAGGAGCUGGACCUGUCCAACAAUGAAAUUGAAUCUGUGGACCUUGGAGCUUUUCAAGGUGUUUCUGACAGCCUCCUUGUCCUGGAUCUAUCAAACAAUCGCAUCCAAAGUGUCCCCAAAGAGGCGUUUGCGCGUCUACGAGCAAAAAUCAGCCUCUCGAACAACCCGUGGCACUGCGAGUGCACGCUGCAGGAGGUCCUGAGGGAGCUGCGGCUGGACCCCGAGACAGUGAACGAGGUGAUCUGCCACACGGCGGUGCAGGAGGAAUAUGCAGGCAAACCGGUAAUCCAGGUGCUGGACUCAGGGAUCAACUUCUGCAACUUUCACCACAAGACCACCGACGUAGCCAUGUUUGUCACCAUGUUCGGAUGGUUCACCAUGGUGAUUGCGUACGUCAUCUACUAUGUGAGACACAAUCAGGAGGAUGCUAGGAGGCAUCUGGAGUACCUCAAGUCACUGCCGAGCAGCUCUCAGAUCAGCAAGGACUUUGACACCAUCAGCACUGUUCUCUAGCAGCGGCCCAGGAGAUGUGCUGUGCGGGUGUGUGUCUGUACAUGUGUGGUUAUGUACAAAAUGACUAAAAAGCUGUUGCAACACAUAAUCAUUAAUCAUUUCUGAGCACAAUAUCUAAGGUCUUUCACUGACUAAAAUGGGUCAUUUUGAUUUAUUAAGCCCCAUAAAUUAUAUCUUUUUUUAUUAUUCCAAAACCUUUAUUUCCAUUUUAUUAAAUAUGAGUAAAUCUGGCUCUACAACCGGACAGGGCAACAGUGAUAGCACAAAAUAAACAAAAUACAUGAGAGGGGAUGGAGCUUGACUGGAGAGAUAAAUGUGUCAAUCCACUGUGGUUGAAUUUGGACUGAGAUGAAUGAGGACUUUGUCCCCCGGUUACUUUGGAUUGAUUGAUUUAUGUUCUUCAUGUCACACUAUCAAGGUAAAGGCCAUUUUACGAGACUUUGGCUAACAUAUGAGAUAGGGCAAGGUGUUGACAUUCAGUUUGCAUAAUGCAUGCAUAACAGCCCUGCCUCCAGUAAACCUUACAUAAGAAACUACUGACCCAGGAAAUAAUGUUACUCCAUAUCAUGUUAAAGACUAAAUGUAUUCAAACAAGGAAAAGUUGCCAUACACUUGCAGCUCUGAUGUGUUUUAGGUGAAAUGUCUUUCACACAGGGUGACAGACAGCUUAUUGUAAUAUGCAGCCAGUUAGACUGUUACCAGGUCAUUAAAUGGGUGUUAUCGGUGGUUAUAAGCCUCAUAGAUGUGGGUCAGAAGGGGCUUGAUACACCCACUAGUAGGUUUUAUCAUCCAUUUUACAUGGGCGGUCACCAACAGAAGGAACAAAAGAAGACAACAGCGACCGUAGUAAUUAUGACAGGAGUAGAAGCUAAAGUCAGACGCUGUAGAAUAGACAGCGUGAAACCAAAAACGGUUAGUUGUCCUGGUGUUCACAACUUUAAGUUUCACUUUUCAAAUAUAGUUAUUUUAAGCCAAAACCUAUAGAAGUUGUAGUUUUGUUGCCUAAACCUAAAGAAGCUUUUUUGUUUGUGUUCGAAAUGUUACGUUUCAUUCAGGUUUACAUGAUAGAAUGUGUUGCUUUUAAGAUUCGCUUUCACUUUUACAAUGUAGUAGGUGUAGUGGGCUCCAGAUGACCCGCAUUUAUGAGGCUUAUAACGAUUGAUAACGCACAUUAGGUGCAGCAGAGUGUAAUGGUGAACACGAUAAAGUAAACCUUUUUCUCACACUUGUUUAAUUGUAUUUUGGUCUCCAGCAACUCCUGAGAAGAAAUAUGUUUAACUUUCCUCACUUUUUUACCUGGUUGGGGUUGAGGUAAUGGGUUUAAAUGGGUUUGUCAGAGCUCAUUUUGUGUGGGCAACAAAAUUACUUCGUUAAGUUUAGUAAUAAGUACAUUAAUUUUGGUUUCACCAGUCUUCUGGGUGAAAGUCCUGUUUUUGACCUAACCAUCCACUCCUUUGUCCUCCUUAUGUGGACUUACGCAGAUUUUGAUUACAAACAGAUAUACGUCAAAAACAAACGUAUUCCUGGAGAAAAUACGUUCCCUUAAAAAUACACGUAAUCAUCUGUGAAACUACUUAGAGAAGGUGUUCUGGGUAAACAUCGACCACAAGGGUUAUCAGAGGAGCCAACGCACAAACCUCUCAAAUUUCAGCAACGUUCAUGUGGACAUGCGCGCCAAGCUAAUUGAGUAAACUCCCGUCCGGAGGCGGGUUCGAAACAGAAAUGAAAAAGCCUCCCGCAAUAGUAAGUCUUUGUUUGUGCCAUGCCAUUGUUCCGACGGCCCAUUAUUCUGAAACCUCAAUAGUCCAAAAAUAUCCCAUUGGAGCGAAAACCCAUUUGUCUGAAAGCCUGUUAUCAAUAAAACAAAUGCCCGUUGUUCCAAAAGCCCAUCCCUCCGAA